CAGAAGCAGGGAACGAACAAUCCCCUCCCGGACACGACCGCGUGUCAGCGUGCGCAAAGCUCACCCUCAUCGCCGCCGCCGCCGCCGCCGCUACCGCUCAACCCCAUCCCGCCGGCUCCGCCCUGCUCCAUGGCCGCCAAGUGGGCCCAGAAGACCGUCGUCAUCCCUGCCCAGCGCCGCGGCUGCCACCUCAUCACCCCCAAGGUUUUGAGGGAGAUUGAGGGCGAUCUCUCAGGGUUCAAGUGCGGCUUGGCGCAUCUGUUCCUGCAGCACACAAGUGCUUCCCUGACCAUCAAUGAGAACUAUGACUCUGAUGUACAGGCUGACACCGAAACAUUCCUUAACAAAAUUGUCCCAGAGGGCAGAUCUGCUCCUUGGAAGCAUACUAUGGAAGGACCGGAUGACAUGCCAGCACAUAUUAAAUCAUCAAUGUUUGGUUGUGCGCUGACAAUUCCUAUAACUGAUGGACAUCUCAACCUGGGCACUUGGCAGGGCAUAUGGCUGUGUGAACACCGUGAUCAUGCCAGCGCUCGUAAAAUAGUGGUCACCCUCAAUGGAAUCUAAACGGAGUAUUAGAAAGCUGGAGAAAGGAGGAAUGCUGGGCAGCUUUAAGCACCAGCAUGGAAAAUCAGGACUUUGAACAUGUCGUGUACGUGUCGUUGGUCCUGUGUAUGUAUGAAAUGAGUAGUGCAAAAUUUCAAUAAAUCGGGAGCCAGCAUGAUGAGUGGUCAAAAAUAUGGGACGUUCCCGGCUGUUUGAUUAGAAAACAUCGUGUCCAUGUAGUUGAAGAAGUCUUGUCUUUUUUAUCAUUAUAUAUGAAUGAGGAAAGAAACAUGCAUUUGCGUUU